AUGGGUUUCUCUAUCAAGAUGAACACCUCUAGACGGACACCCCGCACCAAUAAAUUGAUAAAACAACAGUUUUGCUACAACAAGUUCAAGAAGCCCAAAGCUGGUGAUGGAGGAGCUGAGGCUCCUCCUGUCCUGGACCCUAUUCCAGAUCCAAAAUCUAUUGACAGUGAUGAGGAGAUGGAAGAAAAACCUCCAAUAUUUGCUGAAGAGGAGGCUGGUACUAGUAAGAAGAAGAAGAAGCACAAACGCGAGACAAUAAUGCAGACUCAAUGCAAGGCAAAAAUGUUGGUGAAGCUGAUAGAUGGGCGAUGGGAGGUGACGCACUUUGUUCGUGACCACAAUCAUCCGCUCGUGAACAAACCUUCAUUGUCCAAAUACUUGAGAUCCCACCGGGGCAUCUCACCUGAUGAAAAGGAGUUUCUACGCAUCUUGUAUAACUGCAACUUGACUACAGGUGUGGUGUUUUUCUAUAUCCCUUAA